UGUGACUCGUUCUUUCUCCAUUCAUCCAUCUUUCCUGCUCGGAUAUCUCGAUUUGGGCAUUUACUUUCUGCUUCAUUCUUCUGCAAGCUUCGAAAUUCAGAUUGAAAGGUGUAUUGUCAAAUCCCAAUACUCAAUCCCUUCAAAAGCCCCUCUUUUACCACAUUGCGAAGAACGAGCACUCUCCCCAGUAGAUCAUCACGAUAAAGCUUCAUCAUCAUAUAUUCAACACAUUGAUCAUAAUGGGGGACCAUGUACUCUUUUUCUACGGUAAUCUGCUGCUAUACCUUCACCAAAUAAGCAUACAUAUCGCCAAAGUUUUAUCGUAACCAUCUACCUGCCUUUCCCCUCAUCUAAGCUCCCCACCUACCAUUUCUACAUCACACAAAUCUACCAACACACCCACCCUUGCACCCACGUAAAGCUAACUCGGAAACAGGAACCCUAAUGGCUCCUCAAAUCCUCCACAGAGUUAUCCACGGCCGUGCAGACCCCGAACCCUGGCAAAAGGCCAUGCUCACCUUCAAACCAGCCAUUCUCCACGGCUACCGCCGGCAUCGUGUACGGGGGGCCGAUUACCCAGGGAUCGUACCAGUCAAAAAGACACCCAACGACAGCGGUGAUGGGAGUGUUUCUGGUUCUGCGGGCGUGCAAGGUUCGCAACAGCCCAAUGCUUCGGUAUUGGGUACGCUUGUGUCCGGGUUGACGGAUGGGGAUAUUCAUCGGCUGGAUAUAUUUGAGGGUUCGGAGUAUGUCAAGAGUGAUGUGCAGGUGCGGACGUUACAGGAAUCAUUGAGUGUUGGGGGUCGACAGGAGAUGGGUGUGGGGAAGAAUCCGGAUGGGCAUCUUCGGGACGUGUUGGAUGCUGCUGGGGCGGAGUUUGCGGAUGAAGGGGAUGAGGUGCCAGCGGUGACUUAUGUAUAUGUUGCUGGAGAGGAUAGGCUGGAGGAUGCAGAAUGGGAUUUUGAGACUUUCAAGAGGGAUAAGAUGGCAUGGUGGGUUGGGGCCGAUGAGAGUGAAUGGUGAUUGGAGUUCUUGGUUCUAUAUUUGGUUGCGUCAAAAGAAUAAAACUGCAGAAU